UUUAAUUUUAUUAUUAUAACAGAAAUCAUGCCUAGAUUUGAAAGAUUAAAUUAUACAGGACUGUUUAUAGUAUAUUUUCAAGACAAAUUACGUGAUUUUGUUAUCAGUAAAUGUCCUUAUUUAUAUGAUUUAUGUUUUGCCACAUAUGGCCAUCAUAACAAAGUACGAGGAGUUGGUGGAUUUUUUUUAGGUUUUUUAUUAGCUUUAUUAUUUUACAUUGCAAUAAUAUUAGAUUUAAAAUUUGAUCCAUACACAACUGUUACACUUGGUGGUAUACUUAUAAUCAUGUUAUCAGCUGGAUGUGCAUCAUCUAGACAGAUUAGAUGCAUUAGUCUUCUCACAAUUCCAGCAUUUCUUGGUCGCUCUGGAAGAAGUGUUCUCAGAGCUCUAGUACUUGGUUAUAUUAUUGCUGGACCUAUUUUGAAUUUAACAUAUAAUGGUAAAGAAGUAGUGCGCACGUUUGCUUGUACUACUCAAUUAACAUAUAAUAUGACUAAAACACGACUUAAUUUGAUGUUUCAACCAUUUCACGAGGCAAUGCUAGGUAUGAAGAAAAAUGUGCAUGAAUUGAAAGAUACAGUAGCUUCAGUAAGAGAUGUAAUAAGUCCGAUCGUUAGAGAGAUAGAGGGUGAAGAAAAAAUGCGUAGAUUACAUGAAGAAAAUGAUUACGUAGACCCGGUGACUGAUCUUAAAAAAAUGAAAGAAAAAAAUAAAAGUAAUAAUACAAAACGAAAUAUCGAAGAGGAUGAAAGUAAUUUAAAUGCAUCUUCAAUGGGUGAAUAUUAUGAAAUUAAAUAUCGUAAAAAAAUUCAAGCUCAAUGUAUAGAUCAGUUGAAUAAAGGUUCAGAAAGAUGCAUGACCAUGUUUGCUAAUGCUUAUGACCAAUGUUAUGACACAGUUUCUGUUUUCGCUGCUUGGAUUCUAUGUUGGCCGAUGAAGCUUACGUUUCUAUGUAAUGUCGUUCAAGCUAUGGGUGGAGUGAAUGUAUGUAAUCCUGAAGGAAAUAUUGAAACUGGGAUUGGUGAAGGAUAUGCCAGUUUGAAAGAAGCUAAAGGAAAGCUUGAAUCUGGACUUAAACAAGCUAAAAUGCAAUAUAAAAUAAAAACUGCUCCAAUAAUGAUUGAUGUUCGUGGAGCAAGAGAUACAGCAAAGUCAAUCAUUCAUGAGUUUGAAAUUCGUCGGAGUAUAUUUGAUACACUCAUGGUUUUUAUUAAAAGACUUCUCACUUUUGUUUUUCUCAAGAUCAUUUUUUAUGCUCAAAAGUACCAUGACAAUUAUGUAACCGAUAUUGAAUUCGAUAAUCAAUAUGUUACUUUAUAUUUCCGAAAAAUUGAUGAAAGACGUAAGAAGUUACACAAAACGACCCUUCUACCAUUGAAGAAGUCAGAAGCUGGGAAAUUUAUUGAUCCUUAUGGUCUCAAUUUGACGAAAGCAGAAAGGAAGAAUUUUUUCGGUCAAACUAUUAAAUUAGCUCUUGAGGUUUUCCUAGCAAGCACUUUUAUAAUCAUUGAUGAUAUUUUUUUUGAAACUUUACACGCCGUACGCAAACACGGUCACAUUGAUUUUGUUCAAGAAGGUCAUCAUAAUUUGAAUAUUGAUGUUCGUGGAAUUGGAGUAAUAGCCAAAUUAAUACGAAAUGUGAUCACAGGUUUUAAUGUGAAGAAACGAAUAAAAGUUGUAAUAUCAAAUAUUGCAUGUUUACCACAACCAAGUAAAUUAUCAAAUCAUAUUCUCAUCAAGAUAUAUGGUACUUAUUUAGCUAUUUGGAUAAUGCUUUUUUUAACGAGCUAUACGCAACGUCUCCAACAUGCAAUCUGUUCAUAUUUUUAUGCGAAACGAGAAAAACGCCGUAUACUUUAUCUUUAUAACGAAACAUUAAGGCGAAGAAUCGGUUAUGUUCGUUUUAUGAAGAGUAAAGUAAGAACAUUAGUAAGAGAACGAUAUUUAGAACGAGAUAUGGAUCCAUGGGUUGCCUUAAUUAUGGAUUCUCCACGAUUAUGUGGAUGGCUAAGAUACUUUAGUUUCGCUCGUCGAAAAUGUUUGAUUUGUGGUGAAAUAGAACCAAGAAAAAAUUCCAAAUAUUAUACAUGCUCAACACCAGGAUGUUUUUUUAUUCAUUGCCCAGAAUGUUGGCAAGAUGUUGAAAACAUUUGCUACGCUUGUACACCUCUUGCAGAUUUCUCAUCAGACAGUGAUGUAGAUCAAGAUUUUACCAUUUAAAUGGUUGAUUAAUACAAGUCAUUAGUUAAUUGAAUAAUGUAAACAUUAGAUUGA